AAAGGGCAAUAAAAAAAGUAAAUCUGAGAUAUUUCCUUAGCUCUGCAUUUUAUUUUACACUUCUAUCUUCAAAGUGAGAUGGAUGGAUACAUAUAGGAGAUCUCAGAAGAAGGAAAACUGAUAUAAAGUGUAAAAAGUGCAAAUAAAAGGAUUAGGUCUCUUAUCGCAAAGCGGCAAACUUCGUUGUAUUUAUCUGAUGACAUAAGUUUCAAAGGUUAUAUUUCUGACUGACAUAAGCAAUAUUACUGUGCGAUUGUAGUUGUAAUAACUUUCUUAAGUAAUGGCAACCUUUGAUCAAGAAAUAAUUACACUCAUAGAUAAUAAUUGAUAAGCAGUUUAAUAAUUAAAUAUAUUACCGUUAAUUAAUUCUAUCAACAUUCGAUUGAAAUUCGUGUUAUCAUGAAAAACGAGAAGGAAGAAACAUUAGCAGGAUGGAAAAUUAUAUGGUGGUUAUUCAAAUUAUUCGGUUUUCCAAUCACCAUUCCUUGGUUGGUGUAUCAUUUUUAUGAUAUUAUGUUGCAAAAGCGGAAAAAAACAGCUUUUGUUAAUAAGGUUGUUAUGAUAACUGGCGCUAGUUCUGGCUUAGGAGAAGCUCUAGCUCACACAUUCUAUAGCUUAGGUUGCAGAAUUAUCUUGGUAUCUCGUAGAAAAGAGGAAUUAGAGAGAGUAAAGAACGAUUUGAUGAAUACUCAUCAAACAGUUCCAACGUAUCCACCUAUUGUUUUAUCAUUAGAUUUAACUGAUAUUAAUAAUUUGAAAAAUGAAGUGUCAAAAACUAUAAUGAUACAUGGCAGAAUUGACAUUCUAAUCAAUAAUGCUGGUAUUUCAUAUAGAGGAGAAGUUAUUGACACAAAUAUUGAUGUAGAUAUAAAAGUCAUGUUAUCGAAUUAUUUCUCUCAGGUUGCAUUAAGCAAAAUUGUUCUCCCAUACAUGAUAGAGCAAAAAUCUGGUCAUAUAAUAGGUAUAAGUAGUAUACAAGGGAGAAUCGCUAUUCCAUUUAGAUCUGCAUAUGCUGCAUCUAAGCAUGCAUUACAAGCUUGGUACGAUACUGCAAGAGCAGAGCUAUCUGAUAAAAAUAUAAAAUUCACAGUUGUCAAUCCAGGGUAUAUUAAAACAUCUCUUUCUCUUAAUGCCUUGACAGGAAACGGGCAAAUUUAUGGAAUAAUGGAUAAAACAACUGAAAGUGGUUUUCAACCAAAGUAUGUAGCUGAAUGUAUUUUAAAAUCUGUAUUGAAACAAGAAAAGGAAGUUACUGUUGCAUCGUUUUCUCCAAAGUGUGCUAUAGUACUUAGAACUCUGUGUCCUUCGCUUUAUUUCUGGAUUAUGCAAAAGCGUGCGAGAAAAUUAGUACGAGACAAAUAAUAUUAUUUUAAUUAGAUAUCACAAAUACGGAUUUUUUU